AUGAAAGUCCAUUCUUUAUCUCUGCUUUUUACACUGCUGGGUUCGGCUAUUGCCGUGUCUAGCAGCUCUAAUGCUGGACUUCUCUCCAACAACAAUGUCUCUCUUGGUGAUUGGCAAGCCGCAUAUGAAAAGGCUACCAAAUUCGUCUCCAAGCUCAACACAACUGAGAAGCUCAAGCUCAUCACUGGAAGUGACGUGACAACUACUGAUGGUCAAUCGUUCACUGCAUUGGAGUUUUUGGAUGGCUCCAUGGGUCUGCAAGACUACUACUAUGUCUCCGCGUUCAGUCAGUCCUCCGCGCUGGCUAUGACUUGGGACAAAAAUGCUAUGUAUGCGCAGUCUCAAGCUGUUGCGACUGAAGCCUAUCUCAAGGGAAUUCAAGUAAUCAAUGGACCUACUUCUCAGCCUUUGGGACGUACUCCCUGGGGUGGUCGUCUGGUUGAGACAUAUGGAUCCGACCCGUACCUGAAUGGCAUUGCCACGGGACUGAGCGUGGAGGCAUACACUAACGUCGGUGUCAUUGCUGGUGCCAAGCACUUCAUUCUGAAUGAACAAGAGACCAACCGAACCGGAGGCAUGGGCGGGGGAAUGGGCGGCGGUAUGGGUGGUGGAGGUAUGGGUGGCCCUGGAGGCAGCUCAAAUUCAUCUACUUCGAGCUCUGCUUCAGCUCCCUCUUCGUCGGGCUCCUCACUCGCUGCUCGCGCCAUGGGCGGAAGCUCGUCCUCUUCUAGUGCGCCGUACUCCUCAAACGUGGACUCCAAGACCCUCCACGAAACCUACCUCUGGAGCUUCUACGAUGCCGUGCACUCAGGUCUCGGUGGUAUGAUGUGUGCUAUGACCAAGGUCAACAACACUCUUUCGUGUGAAUCUUCUGCUGUUCUUUUGGACAUCCUUAAGGAAGAACUCGGAUUCCCUGGACUGGUGUUCCCCGACACAAACGGUCAGCAGCAUGCCCUUGCCUCUGCGAUCAACGGUUUGGACUACGGCUCUUCCAGCCUAUGGAGCACUUCCACCAUGGAAGGCUACUUAAAGAACAAGAACUUCACUGAGGCCCGCUUGAACGAUAUGGCCAUCCGCAACCUGAUGGGAUACUACCAUGUUAACCUUGAUAAUGGCACUCAGCCUUCCACCGAGUCACAGGAUGCUUACGUUGAUGUCCGUGGCAACCAUGCCAAGCUGAUCCGCUCCCACGGCUCGAAGUCUAUGGUUCUUCUGAAGAACAAGAACAACACAUUGCCGCUGAACAAGCCUCACAAGAUGGCCAUUUUCGGAUCGCACGCCCGCGCCGCUAUCGCUGGCCCCAACAUGGCAUUCAGUGUCCAGGGCUCUGGACCCACCUACGACGGUCACCUUGCUACCGAUUCUGGAUCUGGACAAGGAUCUCUGCCUUACCUGAUUACUCCAGAGACUGCCCUAACUAUCAAAGCAAGCCAAGACGGAACCAUGCUCCGCUGGGUUGCCAAUGAUACCUACUCCUCUUCCAGCGGUUCCACGCUGGUCAUGCAAGGAUCCGACAGCACCUCGGUAACUCCCUCCAUCAGCAACUACGCCGAGAACAUGGAUGUCUGCCUUGUUUUCAUUAACGCUCUCGCCGGAGAGGGUGCUGAUCGCACUGAACUGUACAAUACCGAUCAGGACGCUCUUGUAACCGAGGUCGCAGAAAACUGCGACAAUACCGUAGUCGUGAUCAACUCUGCGGGCGUCCGACUUGUUGACAACUGGAUCGAGAACGAAAAUGUCACAGCCGUGCUUUACGGCAGUCUUCUGGGCCAAGAAUCUGGCAACUCCAUCGUUGAUGUUCUCUACGGUGAUGUCAACCCUAGCGGCCGAUUGAUCCACACCAUCGCGAAGAACGAGUCGGACUACAAUGUCGACAUCUGCUACACGCAGCAGUGCAACUUCACCGAGGGUAACUUCAUUGACUACCGCUACUUCGACGCUUACAACGUGACUCCCCGUUAUGAGUUCGGCUACGGUCUUUCUUACACCAACUUCUCGUAUUCGAACCUUCAGGUCGACGGUCCCAAGGUACUUUCUGCCUUCCCCAGUGGAAAGCGUGCUGUUGGUGGCUAUGAGGAUCUUUGGGAUAUUGUCGCCAGUGUCAGCGUGAACAUUCACAAUACUGGCUCUGUUGAUGGCGCGGAGGUGCCCCAGCUGUACAUCUCCUACCCCAAGGCUGCUCACCAGCCUGUGCGCCAGCUGCGUGGAUUUGAGAAUGUUGAGAUCAAACAAGGCGAGAAAUCGGAGGUGAAGUUCAACUUGCGUCGCAGAGAUAUUUCUUACUGGGAUGUCAAGGCGCAAAACUGGGCUGUUGCCCCCGGCUCGUAUCAUGUUUAUGUCGGCGCUUCUUCCAGGGAUCUGAGGAAGCGUGGCAGCUUCAAUGUUCAUUUGAAGUGA